CCUUCAUCCAGUCAUCUCAGAACUGCUGCUGCUGUGUUUUACUUACUGAAGAAUACAUUACUCAUACACUUCAGCUCUAUCAGACAGUAAUCAGACGGUGUGGACUAUGUCAGAUGCGGAGACCAAGCCCUCGAGUGAUGGAGGAGACAAAAAGGAUGGAGAGUACAUUAAACUAAAAGUGAUCGGUCAGGACAACAGUGAAAUUCACUUUAAAGUGAAAAUGACGACGCAUUUAAAGAAGCUGAAGGAGUCAUACAGUCAGAGACAGGGUGUUCCCAUGAACUCUCUACGAUUUCUUUUUGAAGGACAGAGAAUCGCAGACAACCAGACUCCCAAAGAGCUGGGAAUGGAAGAUGAAGAUGUGAUCGAGGUGUAUCAGGAACAGACUGGUGGACAUUGGAAUGACUAGACAUUUAUUGCAUCUCCUUUCUUUUUAAAUAUUAAUUUUGUAUGUUUGAUUAUUAUGUCUUCUAUUUCCUUUGGGAUUAAAAACAGGGGGAUUGAAAAACCAUCUGGAUCCAAGUGAUACUCUGCUAGGGCUUCUUCAAGUGAGCGAGAGACUUGAGGUAUAGGAUUAGGAAAUGGAGGGAGUCAGGAAUAGUGAAAAACUCCUUUUAUCCUCCAUUAUUUUUCCUCUCUAUCUUUUGUAUCCCUUAUACAUUUGUUGAAAAUUAGUCCUGUUUUGCAAUAAUCCCGAACCUUUAGGGUAUGUUAUAGUCUAGAUGUCGCCAGUUUAUUCUGUCAUUAAAACUUCAGUUCACUAAAGUUCAUUUCUGCAGAACUGAGAGACUGAAAAAAUAGUAAGGUUUUGUAUAUUUGAUCUAUUAUUAUGAGUGACUUCCAUAUACAAGUCGACCCCAAUGUUGGCUUUUAAAGCGCUUUUAGAUUUCGGAUUUCUAUGUAAAUGUUGUCUGAUAGUAGGAGGUGUAACGUCUUUCCUAUAAUACAAAAAAUCUGUGCUGUGUUUCACACUAUGUGAGCUGCAGCUGGAAAGCCCUUCUGUUGUAUUAUGUGACCAGUAGUUCAGUAGUCUUGUUAAUUAAACUAUUUCUCUUUAGGUAAGUGUUUCCUUACUCACAAUUAUGACAUACAUAAGGCAAUUGGGCCCAUUUUAACCUAGGAACCCCCAGCUAUCGAUUUCAAACAUUUGUGAUGUACAAAUAAUUUCAUCAGCACUCAGGGGAAAUGUUUAUCCAUGCAAAAUAAAUCCAGUGAUGCAUACAAUAGAUAUGUGACUGUACAUUUAAUUUUCUAUUCACACUACCGACAGGAGAGGGCUUGAUCCAGAUGGUUUGUGGAUAUUAUUAGAAAGAUUAUUAUUUUGCUUUGUUUUUUUAAAAUAAAAUGUCAUAAAAGAA